GUAAAUUAUAUAAUAGAUAUAAUAUGUAAGCUAAUCCAAUAUGUGUCUAACCUUAAGCUCAAUAUUUAGAUAAUUAUGAUAAUUUUGAGGAAGUUUCAGCAACUUUUAAGCCUUUGCAAAAAAUUCAUUAGCCACUUGAACCUGAAGCUACAUUUUUUUUAAUACGUGCACCAACAAAAGAUAAUAUUCAUAGAGCAAUUAAAUAUGGUAUUUGGACAAGGUAUAAAUACCUAUGAAGGUAGUUCGAGUCGAAAUAAUAAAAAAUUAAAUGAUGCUUCUCGUCCUGUUUACUUACUAUUCAAUGUUACAUAGACUUCUCAUUUUAUUGGAUUAGCCAAAAUCAUUAGUGAAUUUAGGGAUAAAAUGCAUUUCAAGUAUUGGGCUGAGGAAAAUAAAUGGUUUGGAUCAUUUCAAAUUGAAUGGGUAUUUAUUCAGAACAUACAAGGUUUUCCUUAGGGAUUUACCAUAUAAAGAACUCAUUAUGAUACAAUAAUCAAGUGGAAAAUGUAUACAUGAAUUAAUAGAUUGUACUCAAAUUGAAAAUGCUGAAUAGAUAUAUAAUGCAUUUUAAGAUCAACCACAAAAAAGCUGUGUACUUUAAAGUUUCAAAGAAUUAGAUAAUUCUGAAGUAUAAUAAUUGAUGAUUGAUUUAAGAAAAGAAAGAGAAAUGAGAGAGAUACAAAUCCAAACUUUGAUAUCUAGUUUUAAGAAUAUAUUUCUGUCUUUGAAUAAAUGCCAUUCUCUUUCUCUGUCUCAUCUUAUCAACGAAGAAAAUAAUAAUAAUAUCAAAAUUAGUACUUAUAAUAAUGUUAAUAUUAUUACUAAAGCCCUUGGUAUGGUGUAGGUAAAUAAUAUAUAUAAAUGAUCAUAGCAUAACCUACCUUUUGGAAUUCUGAAUUUUAAACUCAACCUCAACAAUAUUAAUAAUAGAUUUCAAACGAUAAUAAUUCAGGUUUUUACUAGACUUAAAAUUACAAUAGACCUCAAACUUAAAAUAUUUAAUUGACAAAACAUUUAUAAAAAAAAUAGCAAGUCCAAAACAAAAAUAAUAAUCUAGAGAGUCCGAAAAAAUUAUGA